CUGUAACUUAAUUUAAAAAAAAAAAUUGAAUAAAUACACCUUACCAAAUACCAAUGUAAUUUUAUUCUCACACAGUUAAUGUUUGAUUUUUCUUGUAUGUUUAAAGACAAUGAUUGAUAUCGUAUUAAAAGCACAGACUAGAUUACAAUAUGUUAAAGUUGUCCAAAUUAGUCUUCAAUUAAAUAUUAACAACGUACAAAUUUGAUAUUAUAAUUUAUGAAUUAUUUAAUUACUUAAACCGACUUGAUUUCCCUGACCAUGGCAGUCAAUUUACCAGAAAAUCAACCAAAUAUUCCAGAAGUAAAAUGUUGGUACCCACACACAGUUGUUUACGAUCCAAUUAAAGCUGGGAGUAUAGACAGUACUGACAAAGAACCACACGAUUUAGGUGUAGUGAGAGCUGUGCACUCUAAAUUUAAAGCCAAUUUCAAAGUAAAGGGUGAUCCUUUAUGUACAAUAUUUGUCACCCGGUUAAGUUUGGAUACAACUGAAAAAGAUAUAGAGAAUGAAUUUUGUCGAUAUGGUCGAAUGGUAGCAUUACGUUUGGUAAAAGACAUUGUCACAGGAAUGAGUAAGCGUUAUGCUUUCAUUGAGUAUAAAACACCUGAAAUGGCUCUUAAUGCUUAUAAAAAAUGUAACUCAUUAGUACUAAAUAAUAGUGAAAUACUAGUAGACUUUGAAUGUGGUCGUUUAUUGCCCGGAUGGAAACCACGGCGGCUUGGUGGUGGUUUUGGAGGCAAAAAGCAAUCUGGUCAACUAAGGUUUGGAGGACGAUCAAGGCUGUUUAAACGUCCAAUAAAUCUAAUGAAAAACCAACUCGAUACUAAUAAAGACAAUGAAAGGAGAAAUUUUAAAUAAAUCGGUGUCAUUUACCAAAAGACUAAAGGGGAGUGAAUAAUGGUAUUUCAUGUCUCUAUCUAUUUUGUACGCAAUAUAAAUGUUUAGACGUACGUUUGUUCCUCCAUUCGUUCAAUAUACUGAUGUGAUAAAUAUUUUGAAAACAGACUUAAAUCUCUGAGAAUCUCUUCCUUGGAAAAAAUGUCUCGCCUUUUUUAUUUGCUUUUUGUAAUUAUU